AUGACGGUUUCGUACACCCUCAAAGUGGCGGAGGCUCGCUUCGGAGGCUUCUCUGGCUUGCUUCUCCGUUGGAGGGGAAGCAUCUACAAGCUCCUCUACAAAGAGUUCCUCCUCUUCAUCGCCCUAUAUGCUCUGCUCAGCAUCACUUACCGGUUGCUGCUGACCCAGGAGCAGAGGCAUGUAUAUGCUCAGGUGGCCCGAUACUGUAAUCGUUCGGCAGAUCUCAUCCCCUUAUCCUUUGUACUGGGUUUCUACGUGACCCUGGUGGUGAACCGCUGGUGGGCCCAGUAUACAAGCAUCCCGCUGCCAGACCAGCUGAUGUGCGUCAUCUCGGCCAGCGUGCACGGCGUAGACCAGCAUGGCCGCCUGCUGCGCCGUACCCUCAUCCGCUAUGCCAACCUGGCGUCUGUGCUGGUGCUGCGCUCAGUCAGCACCCGCGUGCUCAAGCGUUUCCCCACUAUGGAGCACGUGGUGGAUGCAGGUUUCAUGUCCCAGGAAGAGAGGAAAAAGUUUGAGAGCCUGAAAUCCGACUUCAACAAGUACUGGAUCCCAUGUGUCUGGUUUACUAACCUGGCGGCCCAGGCCCGGAGGGAUGGGAGAAUCCGUGAUGACAUUGCUCUCUGCCUGCUCCUGGAAGAGCUGAACAAGUACCGGGCCAAGUGCAGCAUGCUAUUCCACUAUGACUGGAUCAGCAUACCUCUCGUCUACACCCAAGUGGUGACCAUAGCGGUAUACUCCUACUUUGCCCUCUCCCUGAUCGGCCGCCAGUUUGUGGAGCCAGAGGCAGGGCCUGCCAAACCUCGGGAGCCAUUAGAGCCAGGCCAGGGGCCAGCGUCUACUCUGGGGGACCUGGACAUGUAUGUGCCUCUCACCACUCUGCUGCAGUUCUUCUUCUAUGCUGGCUGGCUCAAGGUGGCCGAACAGAUUAUCAACCCCUUUGGGGAGGAUGAUGAUGACUUUGAGACUAACCAGCUCAUAGACCGCAACUUACAGGUGUCCCUGCUCUCCGUAGACGACAUGUACCAGAACCUGCCUCCCGCGGAGAAGGACCUGUACUGGGACGAAGACUCAGCGCAGCCGCCUUACACGGUGGCCACGGCAGCAGAGGCUCUGCGGCCUUCCUUCCUGGGCUCCACCUUCAACCUUCGCGUGAGCGACGACCCCGAGCAGAACGUGCAGGUGGACACGUCCCCAGGGUCCGCUAGGCCGCUCCCCGCCGCGCAGACCCCGAUGCUCGGCCACUUGUUUGCCGCAGGAGCACCCUCGCCGGCGAUCAGCCUCCGGACCUUUGGCCGCGUACGCGGAGCCCCCCGGACCCCUCAUCUACUGCGCUUGCGAGCAGAGGAGGGCGGCGACCCCGAGGCCGCGGACCGCAUUGAGGAGGCGUCGGUGGGGUCAGGGGACGAGGCCGGGGAGCCCUGAGAAAAGGCUGCCAGGGCCGG